AUGGACCGGACAGUCGGAAGAUCCACGCGUGACUCCUCCUGCUUCACUGUGGUGCUGAACAACCUGAGAGUGUUUCUCAUCUUCGACUGGCUGCAGCUGGUCAGAGACUUCCUGCGGGUGCCGGUGGAGAAGGUGCCAGGAGCUGCUGAGCCUGGUCAGAGCCGGCCCGGUGACGCCAGCACGGACCCGGGCCCCGCCACCACCAGCACCACCGGGGCCGUCAUGCCAAAGACGGUGAAGAGCGGUGUGGUCACCAAGAGGUCCACUGUGCCUGUCACUCAGGACCGCUGCCUGGAGGUCAAGAUCAACGUCACAGGCACAGAGUUUGUGGUUGUGGAGGACUCGUCUUGUCUGGAUACCAACGCCAUCAUUCUGAAGGGCACCACCGUCCUCACAUACAAACCCCGCCUGCUGGACAGACCCUUCUCUGGCAGCCUGGCAGGAAUAGAGGUUUUCUCGUGUCGGCUGGGCAGUGAGCAGGAGACAGCGCUGUCCAUUAUCGACCCAGUCAACAUUCAGGUGGAGCUGUGUGGGAGCCCCACAUACCAGAGCAGCUCGGGUCUACUGGACGCCUUCAACGUGGAGGACAUCCCUCCACUGCUGGAGAUUCAGUUUCCUACUCUGGACAUUCGUCUUUCCUACAACGACAUUCAGCUCUUCUUGGCAAUCGCCAGGUCCAUCCCUACCUCCAGUUCUGCGCUGCCCUCUGACUGUGAAAGCAGCACUGAGCCUGCAGCUAGACCCAAGGACCUCUUCAGGCAGAAGACCGAGGCCCUCAUAGCGGGCCAGCUGACCCAUUUACAAGACCUUGGCUUCAGGAAAGAGGAUUGCAAAAGAGCCCUGAUCCACUGUAAAGGCCAGCUGGACCAGGCUGCCACGUGGUUGCUAGAGAAUGCUGAGAACAUGGCAGGCCAUGCCAGAGCCCGGGCGAACUCUGCCUCCAGCAGCCACUCUGCUCCUCUGUCGGGGGUGGAGGUGAAGGCUGAGAGUGUGUGCAUCUGCUUCAUUGAUGACUGCCUGGACUGUGACAUACCACUGGCUGAGCUCACCUUCUCCAGUGAGCUCNGUGACACCCUUUAG